ACUUAGCUUGCAACUAAUUUGUGUACCAUGUAGGUGAGACAAUGUCUACACUCGAAAUUGUGAGAGGAGUUAUACAACACAUUGAUCAUGCAUCAUCUUUGUUUAUUUUUGCACUGUUCAUAUUUAGAUCUAAUGAACAGUGAGUUUUACUUUUGCUCUGGUAUUGCCACGUGUAACCGCGGACGCUUCAGAUUGAUCCACGCAAGUUUCUUUCAUUUUCCUUUGCUUUUCAACGCUACUGUUUUCUUGUCAUUUUCUUCUUGUCAUUUUCUUCUAUUGCCUUUUCCUUCUGUUCUCUCGAUAAGUUCUUUCAUCAGUUCCUUAUCUUACAUGUUGUUACUCCUCAUUUUUUCUACUUUUUCCUGGAAUGACGAAAUGGAUCUCGAAUGGCGAAAUGGCAAUUUGUUCUUUUCCUGUUGAAGGAAGAUGAAGACACUGCUUCAAAUUUUGUGGAAUUGAUUUUUGUCAAGGGACGUGAGAUGUUAGUAACAAGGAGAUUAUUAUGCAUACCAAGGUACCUUCAUCAAGAAGGAUCUUUAAGCAAACCUUUGACAUCACUGAGGCUUCUUUUGUCAUAUUCUUUAUAUUCUAAUGGUCCUGGGAAGAAGUCAAAAGCUACUCCUUUGCAGGAGAGGCGAAUGAUUGACCGCUUUAGGUUGCAUGUCAAAGGAGGCGAUGGUGGAAGUGGCAAUGCCAGCUUGCAUCGUAGUCGAAAUGAUCGCUUUGGCAAGCCUGAUGGUGGGAACGGUGGAAGAGGUGGUGAUGUGAUUCUACGGUGCACAUCUGCAGUUUGGGAUUUCCGUUGUCUGCAGCAUCAUAUUAUUGGGGAAAGAGGUGGGCAUGGCGCCUCAAAGAAUAAGAUUGGUAACCGUGGAAAAGACAAGGUUGUGCAAGUACCUGUUGGUACUGUUAUCCAUUUGGUGGAGGGAGAAAUACCUUCAACAGUUGAGAAACCAUCUUCUGGUGGGUCUAACCCUUGGGAUAUUCCAGGUACCAUUACUUCUGAUUUCCUUGCAUCUGAUCAGAUGUCGACUUCUAGUUCACGAGAAUCAGAAAUAGAUCAGGCAGAGGAUAGGUCUCAUGUUUCAUCCUCUAAUAAGAGUGGUAUUUCCGAGUGUUAUGCUUCUCCUGGAUCAUCUAUUAAACAUUGCUCUCCCACUUCUCAUUCACAUGGUAAAUUAAUAUCAAAACGUGGCAAGAAUGUAUGUUACUCGAACUAUGCUUUCACAAAUGAAUCAGCUGAGGAUGAUGAUCUAGAAAUUGACAGUGGUAUGUCUGAGGAAGAGUUGAAAGAAGAUGGGGUAGAAAUUCAAUAUAAUUUUGCUCAAUUGACCGAAGAAGGGCAACAAAUAGUGGUUGCUCAGGGUGGUGAAGGUGGUUUAGGCAGUGUGUCAUCUGGGAGACACAAUAAAAAGACCCUAAAAGAUACAAGUCACGGUAAUGGCAGAAAUGAUAACCAAGGGAAUUUUGAUAAUGAUCAUCAACCUGAUAUAAGACUUGGUUUGUCCGGGUCACAGGCUAGUUUGAUUCUAGAGCUCAAAAGUAUUGCUGACAUCGGCCUUGUCGGAAUGCCUAAUGCUGGUAAAAGCACUCUUCUGGGUGCGAUUUCUAGGGCCAAACCUGUUGUAGGUAAUUAUGCCUUUACAACCUUGAGACCAAAUAUCGGAAAGUUAAACUAUGAUGAACUCUCAAUAUCGGUGGCCGACAUCCCGGGACUUAUUAAGGGUGCUCAUGAGAAUCGUGGUCUUGGGCAUGCGUUCUUGCGACAUAUUGAAAGUACAAAAGUCCUAGCAUAUGUGAUUGAUUUAGCUGCGGCACUUAAUGGCCGCAAAGGAAUCCCACCAUGGGAGCAACUUAAAGAUUUGGUCAUAGAGUUGGAGCAUUACCAAGAAGGUUUAUCAGAUCGUCCAUCUUUAGUAGUUGCGAAUAAAAUUGACGAGGAUGGUGCAGAGCAUGUUUUAGAAGAGCUACGGAGAAGGGUGCACGACAUUCCUAUCUACCCAGUAUGUGCAGUUUUGGAGGAGGGAAUACCGGACCUAAAAACUGGCUUAAAACUUCUUGUUAAUGCCAGUUGUUUAGAAGUUGGAACAUAAGUUUUAUACUAUCCAUUCCUUUUAUACAGAAGAAGUCGUAUUUCCUAUCAUAAUGUUUAUCCAUCUUUAUAUUUUGACGUAGAGGUUUUGUUCAGAAUUAUUUGACUUUGAUUAGUUUUGAUUUAAAUAAUAAAUAGAUUUGUUUUCAUCAAUAUUUGCUUAUACACAAACGUAGUUAGUAGGAAUAUAGAUGAUUUGUUUAGAGUUGUUUGACUUUGAUUGGUUAAUUCUCAAUUUUUGUUAUUUAAAGUAUUAUUGAGCAAGUCAAUUGUUUCCAUCUUAUUUUCUUCAUUGCUUCAUGCCUAAAAUCAUCUAUUUUGAUAAAUCAAAAUUUUUAUGGAUUUAAUAGAUGCAAUGAUGAUUGAUGACCAUAUGCCUUGUGCAAGGAUAAUACGGUAUCCCUUUCAAUUGUUGGAAAUACUUCAUAUGUGAGGAAGAUUUGACAUCGCUAAAAGAAUGGGUUGUAUAUUUGUAUAUAAUACUUGAUGAGUUAAUUUCCUAAUACCAUAUAAUUUUGAAAAAGAGUAAAUCUGAUCAAAUGUGUAAAUCAAUGCUUAUUACCCAUGGGUUUGUGGGCUCAAGCCUACGAGUGCCCCGUGGUUGUAUCCACACAAGUGGACCUAUAUAGUGAUUGUGUCACAAAUUGUCACGCCCUAGCAUUAGCCUUACUUUGAUUUUGAUACAAAGACCAAGAUAUUUGAUAUAAUAUGUAAAGUAUUGGGAUAUUUUGUUUUAAAAAAAAAGUAUUGGGGUAUUUAGAAAUAAAAAAGGAAAUAUAUAGAGUAAAAGUAGAGGUGAUAUUUUCAAAAAUAAAAAUAAGAUAAAUUUAUUGAUGGACUAAAAUGAAUGUGUAGCAAGUGGGACAUAAGUGACUAUAUUUGUUGAAUGGCUUUAUGUUCUUUCUUUUUAUGUACACGCCCUUUGCUCGCCUUCCUUUCCAUAGGGCCGACAUCUUCAUGAGGGUAAAGUUGACUUGCUGAAAGGCCAAGAUACAAAACGUGUAUGAUUGUUAUUUAUUAAAAAAUUGUUUAGUCCCCUUGAAAGUUUUAUGAAAAGGGGUUCAUUGUUCAUCAUUGAAGUUCAUCCAAAACUGCAUCUCUUAAAAUCAUUCUCUCUAAGCAAUCGUUAUUUGCAUUCUCUGAAAGAAAUGGCUCCAAGAACCUGUGGGUGUGGUGUGGGGACAACUGCAGCUGUGGUGACAGCUGCAACUGCAGCAACAGGUUUAUUGUUUGAUGCUUCUAUCUGUAAUGCCUAGUGUAUUGCUCGACCAACCCGGCCGGUUAUCUUUAUAUUGUAUAAGAACCAGCUUAAUCAAAAGCUUAAGCUUGUGGUUGAGGCUACAUAAUAUGUUAUAUAUUCAAACACGUCCUUUCACACGAGUGCCUUUGGGCUAGAAGUGUGAAUUUGAAGGGUGGUGUAGAUUUGAACUCGUGACCCAUUUGUCACGUAGGCUCUGAUACCAUACAAAGAACCAACUCAACUUAAAGAUUAGGUUAUGGUUAAGGCUCCUAAAUAUAUUAUAUACUCUAAACAUAUAUUUUGUCGUGUUUGAAACAGGGACAUGAUGUAUGCAAGGACUGAGUGUGGCUAUGGUGAUGACUGCAGCUGCGAUCCAUGCACCUGCGAUUAAGAAACACAACCGAUGGUAUUCUGAUGUAAUAUGAACUCCAAUUAUGUGUGUUUUUCUUUUGUGUGAAAUAUAUGGUGAUUUGUAAACUGAACAAAAGUCAUGGCCUCUUCUUAUCUAUUGUUGUAGAUAAGUUGAUGUUUCAUGGUUUGUGUGAUUAUGAUCUGUGUAACA